AUGGCUCCUAAGACGAUUGCAAUUCCUACUUCGACACGUCGAGCAAAACGAGUUAUAGAUUCGCCUUCUGGAUCCUCUUCUGAAGCAUCUACUCCGGCCGCAGCUAUAGCUUCGACCGCGACUACGAGCAAUGGUAAAAGACCUGCACCUCCCGAUGCCAGCAAAGUAGAGGAAGAAGAUGAGGAAGACGCAGAAGGGGAAUCCGAUGAUGGAGGUCAAGAAGAUGAUGCAGAAGGUGAAGAUGAAGAAGAAGAAGAGGGAGUGGAAAGUGAAGAAGGUGAAAGAGAUAUCAAUAUGGAUAGAUCACGUUUAUCUUCAGCGCAAGCAUCUGAGGACAUACUGGUUGAUGAUGAAGAAAACGAGGAAGACGAGGAAGAAGAACCGAUAUCACCAUCAAGAACGCAUACAUCCGCACCCGCUUCGGCAUUGAAAAUCAGAUUGAAGUUAGGAGGAUCAUCUACACCCGCCUCGACUGGUAGACCAGGUCGAGCAGCCGCUAAGAAGGGUGCUAAGAAAGUAAAGAGAGUUGCAGAAGACGAAUUAGCGGAAAGUGAUGAUGAACUACUGCUUGGCGACGACGAAAGCGUGAUGUCUUCAAGAAGAAGUUUGAGUCCGACUAAAAUGACAGCUAGACAAAGAGCUAAAGGAAAUAAAGAUUUACAAGAAACUCUCUUGCAGUUACCAAAUGAGGUGUCCGGUAAAAAGUUGAUCCUUACUGAAGCGGAGAGACUUCAGAGACGGGAAGAAACUGCUAGGAGAAGGAAGAGACAGACCGAGCAGAAAUUGCAAGACGAGCAGGAUGAGACUAUCAAUCGAUUACUACGAGCUCAAACAUCUAAAUCUCGAUCAAAACUUGAUCAACCUUCUCCAGCAUUAGAUGGUGAAGGUUCAGGUCAAGUAUCACCCACUAGACGUACAGCACACACCACAAACAUGAUAAGGUGGACAAGUACACUCUCUAAAGAAGGAGAAGUUUUACUUAGAGUAGCAGCCCCAAAAGAAAAGGAAGAAUGGAUAAGCUUGACUAAUCCUGAAAAGACAGAAAUCAAAGAGAAAAAUACCAUCUGCGGUGUGGAAGGGUGUGAAAGAAAAAGAAUAUAUAGAAGCAUGAAGAAAUUCGAGAUUGGUGGCUGUUCUUUAGAUCAUCUCAAAAAUGUAGAAGCGGCAUUGUGA